AUGUGUUGUUUAAUAGAUAUUAAUUCCAAUAUUCAAUAUAAUAACACAUUGUGUGGGUUGUUAGAUAAUGAUAAAAAACAAAUCUAUCCACCAUGUAAAUCUUUUAGCGAUGCAGGAAAAGUUUCAUCAGAUUUGGAAAUUGUAUAUGAUAAAAUUGGCGAUUUUAUUUCAUUUUUAAUUGUUCAUAGUGAAGGUGAAAAUGAAAUAAUUGUCGAAAAUGAUUCAUUGGGCCAACUAAAUUAUUUUUGUAAUAUAAAUUUUGUAAUUGUCGAUAAUAAUUUAAAACCAAUAAAAACAAGUGUUCCAAUAGUAACGAUCAAUGGAAAAAAUGCAACUCAAGAUUUUUUAACGACAAAUGAAGAAAUUAUAUAUUAUAAAUGUAGCAAUAUUACAUUUUCGAUGAAUUAUUUCAAUUUUAUUAAUUGGAAUAGACAUUCAAUACUAAAAGUAAAUUUGCAAGAAAAUUCAAUUGGUUUUAAUAGAACAUUCGAAUUUACAAAUUGUAUCUUCAAUAACUCAAACUCAAUUGUUAAAACAAUCAGGUUUUCAAAUAGCCUAAUUGAAUUAGUUCAUAAAAAACUAUAUUUUAUAUCAUGCAUAUUUGAUGAGAUCAAUAGCAAAUUUAGUAUGAACAAAUACUACCCAAAUAAUGAUAAACUCAGUAUUAUAGAAACUAGUUGGACCGAUAUUUAUUUUAUAAACUCAAUUAUCAAAAAUUCACGUUUUGGAAGGAAACCAUUUUUAUUAAUUCAAAACAGAGCAUUGAUAAAAUUUUCAAAUACAAGUAUCUAUAAUAAUAUUAUAAAAAAUCAAUUUAUAAAUAUAAUUAAUGAUGUUGAUGUGUCGAUCGAUAAAUUAGAUGUUUUUAACAACACAGUAAAUCAAUUUUUUUAUAUAUCUAAUGAUAUAAAACUAAAUACAAAAAUACAUUAUAGAAUGAAAUAUUUAAAUUUUAAAAAUAAUAUUUUCAAAUCAAAUAGCUUGGGCGAUAAUAACGAUGUUUUUAUAUUAAAUAUUAAUGCAACAAAAAAGGGACAAGAUGUGGACUAUAGCAUGGACAAUAAUUAUAUAUCUAUUGGAUAUUCAGUAUUCACAGAUAAUUCUUAUUUCGAAAGUAAUCAUACACAAAACUUUAAACUUUUAUAUGCAAAUUCAAAUUGUAGAAUAAGAUUUUACCAAACUCUUGUGGGUAAAGAGUUUUCCGAUGCAAUUAGUGCCCCAUUCCCAUAUUCAGUAAUAAUUUCAAAUAGUGAAAUACAGUCCCAUCAUCCAGUAAUAGCAUUUAACACAACCUUAUAUUUAUUUAAUAGUUCAAUUCCUAAUAAAUUUAUUCUGGAACAAGGUUCAAUUGUUUAUUCAAAUACAAGCUAUGAUGGAAGUAAUGAUGAUGAUUUUUAUACUUCAAAUGACCAUAGUGGCAAUAAUAAAUACAACUCUAACGAAACACACAUAGAUAUUGGCAAACUAACAAGAGAUAACAAUAAAUUGGUAUUGGUUAUUGUUUUAUCAAUAGGUAUUCCAUUGGCAAUUUUUUCUUCAUCAAUUAUAAUAUACUUUAUUAUUAAAAAAAGUGAUAGAUGUAAACAUAAAAAGAAAGAAGAAGAAACAAAGGAAAAUACAAUACAUACAGAUUUAGACAUGAAUGAAUUUGAGGCAAAUGUCGAUAAUGUUGACGCCUCAACCUCAACAGAAGAUUUAAAAAAGAAAAUUAAUUUGGAUGAUGGAGAGCCUGAAUCUGAUUAG